AUUACUAUCUUCUUUCUGCUUCUUCAUAUAAAUAAUAUUGCUCUGUAACUUUGAUAGUCUUGUUUGUUUCUUGGCCAUCGAUAUGGGAAAAUCGCAAUGCUGGGAUGAAGCAGGAUUGAAGAGAGGUCCAUGGACUCCUGAAGAGGACCAAAAGCUCUUAGCUUAUAUUCAACAACAUGGCCAUGGAAGCUGGCGUUCCUUGCCCCAGAAAGCUGGUCUUCAACGAUGUGGGAAAAGCUGCAGAUUGCGAUGGACAAACUAUCUUCGACCUGAUAUCAAGAGGGGAAAUUUUAGUUUGCAAGAAGACCAAACCAUCAUUCAACUCCACGCUCUGCUUGGCAACAGGUGGUCAGCCAUUGCCGGCCACCUACCAAAGAGAACAGACAAUGAGAUAAAGAACUACUGGAACACACAUCUCAAGAAACGACUAUCCAAGAUGGGAAUAGACCCUGUAACGCACAAGCUCAAAACGGCGAUUCUAAGCUCUGCCACCGGAGAUUCGAAAAACUUGUCAAAUCUCAGCCAUGUUGCUCAGUGGGAAAAAGCUAGACUCCAAGCCGAAGCUAGACUUGUCAAAGAAGCAAAAUCUCGGAACCAAAACGAGCUAGAUUAUUCCUUAGAAACACAAGCUCAAAUACUAAAAGAGCUCAAUAAUAAUAAUAAUAGUGGUCAUAGUACUAAAUUUGCGAGACCUAGAUGCCUCGACAUAUUACGAGCUUGGCAGAGCUUACUGCCCAAUCAGUACGAUGGUAUUCUAAGCUGUGGUGGUAUUAGUAACAUUAACUUCUUAAACAGCACACCCACACUGACUAACAUGGGCACCAUGGAUUUCAAUGGAGUAACAGGCCAAUGUGGAAGUGAACUUGAUGAGGUAUUUGAAGCUCUGAAUCCUAAUAAUGCAGGCUUUGAAGAAGCAGCUGAUGAUCAUGGUGAUGUUGAUAUUGAUGAUGGUGACGUCAGCGAUACUUGGAUCACACAAAUUUCCAAUAGUACAGAAAAUUAUGUUGGGAUUUCAAAAGGGAUUUGGGAAAAUAAUGACGAUCAUCAUGAUCAUGAAAUCAACAAUAAAUAUUUUAAUAAUGAUGUGCUCAAAUUUCUAAGUUUUUAGUAUGUCCAUCGUAACAUCUAAGUCCUAGAUUAGUUUCUCGUGUUAAUGUGUGUGAGAGAGGCAAAAAAAUUACAAAUAAAAAUAUGAAAAAGAGUGAGUUUUGAAUUUGGUUGUUGGACCGUUAUGUUAUGUAAUUUUAAUAGGACUAGCUUCUUUUACAAAAAAGGAAAAAAAAAAAAAUUUGCUUUCUUGUGACUUUAGAUAGCCAGCUGGCCUUUUUCUCUUAAAUAAAUAGAUAUGUUAGAGAUCUCUUUAACACAUUUACUAUGUGUUAUGUAAAAGUGUUGUAUAUUAAUAGUUGGGGGAAGGUUUAAUUGCGGAUGAUGAAAUUGGGGAACUACGUCAUAUAUCCCAUGUGGUAUUAAUAUCUCUUGCUUUGGAUCCUCUACCAAUCAUAAAUGUUCUUUUAUGAACCAUAAAUGUUAUUUACUUUAUUUUAUUUUUUCUAUCUUUUUAACCCCAGCAAUUUUUUAUUUUCGUACAGAUAGAAAUCUGCAGCCAAAUCAGAUUGAAAACAAGAGCAAGAAGUAGUUGAUUUUGUCGGCUUUACUUUUUGCUCGAAGAGAAGAAAGAGGGAAAAGAAGAUGAUAAGUUCUUUUCACAGUUCCAAAAUAACUUUAUACAAUUCCAUUUAUUAUCAAUUUACCAAAACAUUCAUAUCUUCUUCUCUUGUCCUUAGGUUUAGCCUAGCCUAGCUUUCCCCAUUGCACCCACAGCCACUAGCAGCAGGAGGAAUCCCUGGUAGUUUGCUGCAAGGUCAGGUCGCCGACCUAUGGCAAGCCUCCAGCGGUUCUCUACUAUUGGUGGGUGCUGGUUCUUGUGGGAGGCAAUUUAAAUU